AGGACGGUCUUCCUAUCUAUUAAAAUCUUAAACAUCUAUCUAUCUAUUGGGGAACCCCCGACAUGCCAAACAAAAGACGAUCAAACCAAAACAAAUGUCCCCCUUCUUACCUGUCUGACGUCUGAUCUCGAGGCAAUGGCUGCAGCAGAGGAAAAACCGGCUACGUAUCCCUGGAUAAAGGAUAAAGUGCUCGGGACUGGUGGUUUUGGUACUGUUACGCUUUGGAGACACAAUGACACGGGAGAAACUAUAGCUCUCAAAAAAUGCCGGUGGGGGACUCCAGGUACUGGGACAGAAAAUAUAUUGUCUCCCAAACAUGUAGAAAGGUGGGAGAAAGAAGUGGAAAUUAUGAAUCGAUUAGACCAUCAGGCUGUGGUGAAAUGCUUUGAAGUUCCACCUGAAUUGAAGGGACCUGUUGGUGAACUUCCCAUGCUGUGCAUGGAGUACUGUAGUGGGGGCGAUCUUCGAAAAGUAUUAAACAAACCCGAAAAUUGCUGUGGCAUGCGUGAAGCAGCAGUGAGGGCGUGCAUCAGAGACAUGACCGAAGCGGUUGCGUAUCUUCACUCAAUGAGAAUAAUCCACAGGGACCUCAAGCCUGAAAAUAUUGUCCUUCAAGAUGUUGAUGGAAAGACAGUGCAUAAGCUCAUCGAUCUUGGCUAUGCGAAAGAAUUAGACCAAACCAGUGUCUGUACCUCGUUUGUAGGUACAUUACAGUACCUGGCACCAGAGCUCUUCUUGAGCAAGAGGUACACUUGUACUGUGGACUACUGGAGUCUAGGUCUUGUAACUCACGAAAUCAUCACUGGAGUCAGACCUUUUCUUCCUAAUAUGACACCAGUUGAAUGGAUGAAACGUGUCCGGACGAAGCAGUCACACCAUGUUUGUGUGUACGAAGGUCGAAAUGGAGAUGUCCAGUUUUCUGCCCACAUGUUUCCAGAAAUUCAUAUCUCAGGACCACUAAAAGCGAGAGUGGAGGAUUGGCUUCGUAUCAUGCUUGAGUGGGAUCCAGUACUCAGAGGUCACAUUGAAGGUGAUAAUGGAAGUAAACAAGUUGUGGCUUUCAACAUGAUCAAUGAUGUACUCAACAGAAAGAUGAUCAAGAUAUUUGUUGUAGACCUUUGUCGUAUUCUGGAGUACGAAGUGAAAGAAACCACAUCCUUAUCGGAAGUCCAGCAGUGGGUUGCACGAGACAGUGGAGUCUCUAUAGAAGACCAGCAUCUAUUACUACCCAGGGGACAACCACCUGAUGCUACACGAUCAGCGAUACAGUGCUGGGCUCCUCCGGACGAAGAUGAGUGGUUAAUGUACGUUUUUGCCGAGGGUAUGACGAGACCACAGGUUCCCCCACAUUUCCCACCGUUGGUGGAAGCAAUGCUCCGAGAACCUCGAACUACAGUAGACUAUCAGACCCAGCGAAGAAUGUGGGCUCAUGCUGUUUUCUUUCUUCAUCGUGAAGCUCGAUUAUUGACGUUACUCACUCAGUCUCAGAAAGUUUCAAUGCUUCAUCUGAUGUCUGGCCAUGCACAGUUGACCAAGACAGGUCAAAAAAUGCUUAGCGAUAUCGCAAAGUUGCAAGCGAGACAUCACUUAUUUAUGGAGGCAUUGAAUACUGAUCUCGAUUACUACGAUGAGCAGGCCUCAUCAGGACGAUUGACAUCUGAGAAACUAUACAGUGGAUGGCGAGAAAUGGGAGAAGUAACACUUCGUCAGGUUCAUGCUGUUGUUGAGCGUGUGCAGCAGCUGGAGGGGUCACUCACAGCCCUCAACACUAGGAUACUAGAGCUGCAGUGCUCUCCUUUUGCAAGAGCUAGAGCUAGUGAUUCUUUAGAUGUGGCGCUGGCCACUGGAGAAGAGCUCUAUUGCAACUUGCGUCGUCGAAAUAAGGAACAACGUGCUAAUCCUCACGAUAAUACAGAAAUGUGCAAGUUGUUACUGCAAGCUCUAAAGAAGCGUGAUAGACUUCAGCAGGAUCUCUACAAGCACAUAGAGAAACAAAAUGAAAGUUGUGGGGAAGUUACUGCCCUUGCCACUCCUUUGGAAACAGUGCUGCAGGAUUGUGCCAGAACAGCCCAACACAUUUCAUCCCUCCAGAAGCAGCGUCAAAAGGAUAUUUGGAAAAUCAUGGAAAUUGCGAUUAACCACAGCAGAGCUGCAACUACGCCCACAUCGCCACAAAUGCUCCCUCUCCCCAAUGCAGCGAACCUGCCAAAGAAGCCUCCAUCGCCGGCAUCCCUCAUAUCUCUUGAUUUACUGCUUGAAAAGUCUGGAAAGGAAUCGGGUGCUCUGAUAGCUGAGAAUCGCGCUCUACGUUGUCAAAUGGUAGAAAUAUUAUCAGGAAACCUUAACACAAGUUUGGUCGUAGGAGAGGCCAAAUCUCCAAGCUUCCUAGUGUCGCCACUUCAGCACGAUGGCUUUGUAAAUUCCCCGGAGAUGGAAGGCUCAUCAUCACCUUCAAUGUCUCCACUUAAGAAAGGAGCAACAGAGACUUCUUUAUAGUAUAGUAUAAUUUUAUGAAUUUAUUAUAUACAAAAUUUUUUUUUUCAUGAGACAUUACAGGGCUCUAUAUUUUUAUGUGGUAACAAGACUGUGUGUCAAAGGUCACACUGGGAAAGAGUUAUACAUUUUUAGAUAUCAACUGUCGUAGAUCAAAGGAUUGGCCUCUUGUCAAUCCAAAGAAAGUUUCUUUGUCAGUACUUUUUAGGUAGAAGCUUUUUACCUUUCCAUUGUAAUGCAUCUUUCUUUCUUUAAUGGGUUCAGAACUAAGAAGCAUUAUAUUAUGCCUGUUCGCAUUCAUUUUUGUGGUUUAAAUGGCGUAGCCUGUAGAAUUUUUUUUUGAAACGGAGAAUAGGAACCUUUCUUUUUAUUAUACCUCAUCUGUUUUUAUAAGGGAUUACCUGGUUGGUAAUUCCUGUAGUUUUUCUAAUCCAUGACAUUUUGAUCGAUAUUUUUUAUAUUAUAUAAAAUGGGUAGUAUCUAGCAACAGCUUUAUAAACAGAUUCAGAUCUUUGAAUUUAAAGUAAUAGGCUAUGAAGUCUGAAUGAAAUUCAUCUCCUAAAAUUUGAACAGAAGGCUUAAGUCUUAUUUUUCACCUCAGAUUUUAAAAAUCUCUUUUCAAAUUGUGCUAUGUUGAUUGUAAGUAUAUUUUCAGUGCAUGCUUAGUAAGUACAAGUUUAUUUACUUUGGUGCUAAAACUUAAUUACAUAUAUAAUGGUGGUAUGAUUGUCAAUCCAAUACUUUUUAGAACUUAAUUUAAAUAUCAGAUUUUUUAUUUUGUCGUAAGAGAAAUAAAUCUUAAAAUUAGUGUCAUUAGGUAUAUUUAUUCUCUUCCUGUAUUAGUACUGGCAUAGUUUUGACUAGUCUGGUGUGUGACACUUUCCUGUAGCGACAAAAUAGGGUACAGUAUAUUACAUUUUAUCCUAAACUAUUUAUUUAUUGAUAAGAUUCUCCCCUUGAUAAUAUUCUCAUGCAGCCAUUCUUUACUUGCCUCACCGAAGGAAACAUAAAAUUCUGUGAUGUCUCGUAGUGUAUAAAAAUUGUGUAGAGCUUUUAUCAAUUCAGAUGGUGGUAUCUUGCAUGAAUAUUUUCAUUGACAUAUUUUUUAUUUACAUAAAGAUAUAGUUAUUAAUUAGAAAAAUUUAUACAUAUUGCUGGCAAUAUCUUGUUAACUUUAAAUAAGACUGGUUAAGUGAUUCUUUUUUUGGAGGAUGUAAAACCAGGUAGAUGGGCAGCACCAGUCAAACAUGAAGUAUAAUAAACUGUUUAUGUGAAUUUUACCUUGUGACAGUGCUCUUAAUUUUUUUAAUGUUUAUCCAGUACCUAGCAAGUACAGUACCUCAAUUAUUGUUCCUCACAAUGUGUAUUUUGUUGCUUCUUAUUGAAAAUCAUUUAUGCAUUUAAGUGCCUAAGAGUGGCUUUCUGGCAUUUUGUCAUUGUCACUUUAAAUUGUCUGAAGGCCUUAUAUUUAUUGUCAGUAUCUGUAUCAGUUACUUUUAUUAAAGAGGUUUUAUUAGGAUUUGAUAUGGUCAUAAGUUGCAAUGUGCUGUUGAAUAGUAUCAGUUGAUAUGCAAUUUGAAAAUGUGUUAAUGUUGUGGAUGUAAAAGUUUAUAAAUUUAUUUUUUCCAUUUGUUCGACUGUGGUUAGAUUUAUUUGUGUGCUGUAAUAUAAUGAAUUAUUAUUCAUUCUUAUUUUAUUAUAGAUAGAUUAGGUGUGUGACAUCAUCAGUGUGAUUUAUUUUUAUGCAUGUGAGUAGUGACCUGCUUUGGCCUAUUAUUCCUUCUUGCUUUUAGGAUCUUCUGCAAGUAUGUAGGCUUGUGUUUUCAAAACUUAUUUUUAUAUUUUAAUAUGCUGUCCCUUCCUUGCAUUUAAGUCCAUGUACUCAUCCAUUCUUCUAGUUGAACUUUUGCAAGUGCUGUGGCAUCAUUUUUGUUCCCAUUCUGUUUUUGGAGGUCAUAUUUCUUGGAUAAUUCUAGUUACCCUGUAUAGAUUUAAAAACACUUAGCUGGUAGUGUUAGUUGCUCUCCUUGCUCCUCUGUAGGAAUUAGCAGUUCUAAUGUAUUCAGCCCUCAGAGAUGGAAGGAACAGAUUACAUCAACAGAUAAAUUUCUGGAGUGGUGUGACGUAGGUUUUCUCACUGUUUGGGUACUGUGUUCAAAUCACCUGGUUUGAGUAGCCAAGUACGGAAGCCUCGUAUCUAGAACCUUUGGGACCAAGAGGGUACAGGAAUACUGGUUUCUCCAGAUGUCUAGAAAAAAGUUAGCUUGGAAAACAAGUCAAAUAAGAGAGAAACUAGAAAUCUUGGAAAACAAGUCAAAUAAGAGACUAGAAAUUCAUGUCAGAUACUGAAAGUAACUUGUUAUACAGCUGAUGUUUGAAAGUAAUUCACCACUUUGAUUCCAGUUGAAUUGUUUUCAUAGAUUAGGCUAAACUUCAUGAAAUGUAGCCUGGAACAGUGACAUACAGUGCUGAAUAUAAGGCAAAACCAUUUUGAUAACGAGAUAAUUUUAAAUGUAAAAGCAAAUAUCAACUGGUUAUGAAUAAAAUGUUUAACCCACUUUUUGGAUGAUGAUGAUUUCUGAAGUCUGGUAUGACCCAGAUUAAAUGUUAGUUAUUGUUUAGAAACAUAAAGGCUGUGAAAAAAGCCUUUGAAGGUUCAGUCUUUUUUUAACUUGGUGGUCGUAUUAAACUAUUUAACAUUAAUAAUAGUUGGUAAAAUUUUAUUUUA